GGUUUGGAACUUUCGACAUGAAUAUUCGAGAAGAAUUUCUGAAAUCCGUCGAGGAGGAAUCCCCAGAAACCUUUCUCCGAUUUAUGGAACAACAUGUAAGCAAUGCAUUCAGGAGGUCUUUAAUGAAAAAACUUACACUAUUACAUAUGUUAAUUUGUUCGUGGUAUGCGAACAACUCUCAUGUCUGUGCAUUCAUGAUAUGAAUUGUGCAGUUCAUGAACUCCUGAUCAUUUAUGUUUAGUUUUAAUUGCAAUACCUGUACAAGCGUGAUCAAACUGAAGCGGCCAUUGUUUUAAUUUAUGAUUCGUUAAGGUAGCCAUUGGAGAAAUUCAUGGAUUUAGAUUUUAGAUUGAUCUUCAAUUAAGCUGCAAAGAUGCUUAGCUGCACAAAGAAUUAAAUUAUGCGUGGCAAAAAUGCUACAUACGUUGUUAUGGUGGUGGUUGGUGGGGGCGCCGGGGGGAGGGUCCAUAGAUUUAACCCUUACCAUACAAAUGGUAUAUAACUUCCUGACCGUAUCUCCUAAGAAAUUCUUUGUUUGCAACCACGUGAGAAGGCGGCCAUGUGGGGGGUCAGUACAAAAGAAAUAUACAUGGAAAUAGAGCUUAGUUCCCACAGGAGAGAAAUGCUUUUGUUCCUGACCACCAACAUGGCCGGCAUGACGUCACAUGCAAACCAUCAAUACAAAAUGUCUGAUAAAGAUUUCUUUUAAUUAAUUUGUAUGUGUAAUCAAAAUAAUGGUGACGAGUGAAAUUAGGGAAUAAUUUCACACGCGUUUUGUCCAAAUCCUUAGGAUAAUAAUUUGGACAAAAUGCAAGUGAAAUUACUCCCUAAGUUCAAGAGUAUACCAUUUGAUUACCUAUUAAUAUCAGGGGUGACGAAUUACGUUAGCAAUCUUGGAUUUUUCACUUGUUUAUCCUGGAUCGUAUUGAUCGAGAACUCUACUUUCUAGUCUCUAACGUUUAGAGCUUAAAUUUGGCUUUAAUUCAGAAUUUUUCUAGAAAAUACCUGUUAGAAUCCUUCUUGAUGUGCUCUUUCAUGUGUUCAGGUUUUCUAAAGCGUCUUUUUAUGCGCUGGCGUUUUCAUUCAUGACAUUUUAAAAAUUCGUCACCAUCUUGACACUGAGAUGUACGGAUGGUUGCCAUGGCAAUUUUGUAAUUUCACGUGUGAAAUUACACAUUUUUUACUGAAAUUUCGCGCCAAAAUUAAGGAGUAAUUUGUCACCUAUGAUAUUAAUUAAGUAAUCAUUUUUUUUUUAAUUUUGCAACCUAAAGAAUUCAAGAAAUGAGUCAUUUGAUGUUGAGGAGUUGCUACAGACUUUGCCGAAGAAGGAGCAUGAGAGAUUGUGGGCUGGACUCCGAGAUAUGACACACAGACUGAUAUUAACAAAUCCACUCUCAUCCCAGGAAAAUGAUGACUUUGAAAGUGAUGAGGAAGGAUCAGUAAGUGAAAACUCAACAUGCAUCUAUUAUACAUGUAAUACUGACUAACACUGUACCAAGUAUUAUGAAAGUGAACAGAUCUUCACCUAAGAGCUUGAGAUAAAGACCUGAAAAAAAUCCAGGCUUGACUGGGAAUUGAAACCCUGACCUUUGUGAUGACUAAUACUCAAGCCAACUGGAGAGCAAGCCAUUGUGAGUUUGCAGGUUCUUCCGGCUCAUCCUCUUAAAUUUCUUAUUCCAAUGCAAAGAUCAUGUUCACUUUCAUCUCCUUAUCUGCAGUUCAAAAUGUGUUCUGUUUUGUGUAUUUCAAUUCCCACCAGAGAUUUUUGCUGGCAACUUUGAGCAAACGGAAAAAAAGAAGGUACAAACAACAAACAGACAAAAACAGUCGGAACUUCCUAGCUGCUCACCAUCCCCCUACCUAGAUGCAUCCAUGGCAACUUGAAAUCUUAGUAACAAGCCUGUAUAAAGGUUGCAAACAAAUGUCAAUAAUUAUUAAAGCUUGUAAACCUGAAAAGAAAAAGAAAGCAGAAUGCGAUGCCUCAAACAAUAAUUUAAUUAUCUGAUUGUACAGUGUGACUUACUGUAUGUGUUUAGCAACAUGUACAGUAUAAAAAGGUGUUUAAUGUAGGAUCAAAGUAACUUGAAACAUAAGAAGCAUUAAAUUUUUUGUUGUUUCCACUGUCAGCAAUGUCCACUUCUUCUCCCAUAUCUGGAGGGCGUAACUACAGUGGCCUUGUGUGCAUUAACUACACCUGAGAAAUCCAGCCACACUCCACCUGCUUUAUUGGAGACUGCUGUAAUUCUUCAUGGUAUGUGCGAUAUAGUACAAUAUAUCAUACAGUGUGCCAUUAUAAUUCAUAUAUUUAUCAAAGUUUUUUUUUUGUUGGAGCUAAAUUGUACAUUGUACCAACCAUACUGUAGAAUUUACUCGUGAGGGAUAAUCCCUUAAACAAACGAUUAAAACAUCUCCCUUAGCAAUUGACCAGUUUAAUAAUUCUCACAAGUCAUAACCUUUUUUCUUGACUGUGUUUUGAUAAUAAAUUAUGAUGGAACUUGAGUUUGUGUUCGGUUCCCUCAAUUACCCAGAGAGGUCUUUCUUAAUAGGGUUAUCUGUUUUUUUCUUCUUGUUUGUUGUUCGUAACAAUUUUUUUGAUAGGGUGAAGGACAAAUAGUUUAUAACACUCAGCAUUUGCUACACAGGCUUACUUUAUAUCACUUAUUGUACAGUAAAACAAACAAACAAACAGAAUGGGUGGAAGAAGGGGAAAACAAUAUUGCUUGCAAAUACCAAUUUGUAUAGACUUGCCACAAGUUGACUGCAUGAGCACCGAAGGUGUGAGGGACGCUCGCAAAGCAAGAUGUGUGUGAGUGAUGACCAGAAAAAGGCUUUGAGAAAGUUUAAAAUUUGUACUGUAUACUCUCUCACAGGCUGUGUAUCAAUUCACAAACAGCUAUAGAUAUGACUGUAUUUAUCAAUUAUAGUUGCCCACCUCAGACAAGGACGUUUGGAAUAAAGCUAAACUUACUGUUCUGUAAACCCUCACACAGUUUCUUAAGUUUUUGCUGUUCUUCAUGUGGAGUUGAAGUUCUCUGUCAACAAAAACUGUCACAACAAACUUUACACAUGUAGCUGUAGAAUGUACACUCGUCUGUAUUACUGGUCAAUUUAUCGUUAAUAGGAAAAAAAUGAUGUUGGUUACUCUUGGGACAUUAAAAGGUCAUUACAUUUUUUUCUUUCCGUCCCCUUUUGGUGUAAAUUUGAAAUAGUGAGUACUACUACUACACUUUGAAGUGAUUUUGGUACCUAAGAGAUGCAAACUAAUUCAAAAGGAAAAAGAAAACAUUGUAUGUAAGCUCAACCACAUUUACAGUGGGUCUGAUCCACUUACAGAAGCUGGUUUAACAAUAGUUAUUCUUGCAUGUACAUUGUAUCACUUGAAGGCUUGUUGAUGGUCCUACCAGAAGGAGCUGAGUCUUUGCAGAACAACAUUGCACAGCUUUGUGAAUCUUGGUAAGUGCGUACAGUGUGAAUUGUAGACUUGAUUAAAAUGGCAGCUAGUUCUCUCCCUCCAGUCUUCUCGGGCUAUGUAGUUCCCACUUACACUGUCAGUAUUGAAGUCAGGGCUGUCACCAAGAUUUCAAGUUGCCGGGUAAAUACAACAAGUAGGCGGUCAAUCAAACAGCUAGGGAUUUCUUUUGAUUCUAUUUCCCUAUGAAAGUAGCCAGGAGCAACGUUCAUAGUAGCUGGGGGAAAUCCCCAGCUCUCACCUCUUAAUGACAGCCCUGUGAAGUGCAAAUGUAUCUCAAGCAUCAAUACAUAAUUGUGCUAAAAACUGUAUCUGUUGCAGGUUCCUUAAUGAGUUAGAAGGCAAGGAGGAGCUGGUGACCCACGCAUUACCAUACCUGAUAAUAAGGAGCCUCAACCGAGGAAUUGUAAGCCAGUUAACUGAAACUUUGGUAUUAUUAGAGGGAUUUCGUAUGACCUUGAAACAGAAAAAGAAGCAAAACAGAAACAACCAAAGAACAGAAAUAGAGCGAUUUGAUUGGUUUAUCGAUUAUGGAUAUAAACGCGCAUGGCUUUUGGUUGGUUAAGCGAACGCCCUGGUGAAAAAACUUCUUGCCCGAGAACUUUCUAGAAAUCAAUUGAUACUUUGCUUUGAUGUCAUACUGCAACAUACUUGGCCAAUUGAACAAUGCCUUCUCCAUAUUAGGGUUUUCUUUGGCAGGAAAAUGAAGAGUCCAUGUUUUGAUCUUUCCAUCCAUUGGCUGAUAAAACAAGUAACAAACACUUACCUAAACCAUCUUUCAAGGUCAUACGAAAAUCUCUCUAACGUAGUAAAGAGAUUAAAGCCCAAACAUGAAGAAUCCUAGCUAUAAGCUGAGUGGAUUUUCUCUACCUUUACAGUGAGGAGAAAUCAUCGAGAACUGAAUCUUUUGUACAACUUUAAACAACACACGUUACUUGUUUGUACGAAGUUCAGUUAUUUUAAUGUGGAAAAUCUUUACGUCUUUCAAAAAAAAUAUAUAUAUAUUUAUUAUAUAGACACGAGUGUUUUACUGGAAAAUAUACCACUCGUAAAGCACAUAAAAACUACAUCCGGGACCUGAGUGGUUUAUUUUCCAUAAUCUCACACGUGAGUUUAUCGAUGACGUAAUUUCAGUAAUUUCCUUCUAUUAUUUUAUCGACGUCUUUUUGUCUAUAUAAUAAAAAGAACAUUACACGGCGGCUUGAAGAUAUGAAUUUUAUUUUCUUGCGGCAAAAACAAUAUUUUACUCACUCGCUGCGCUCGUUCGUAAAAUAUUGUUUUGCCACUCGAAAAUAAAAAUAAUUCAUAUCUUCGCACCACCGUGUAAUAUCCUCUCUCUAUAUAUUAUUGAUAAUAAUUGUAGUCAGUUAGCAAAUCAGUUUAAUUGUGAAUUCUGAUAAUUAUUUUAUCAUAACUGAUUCAAUGUUCCCAUGUUUCCUAUUACAUGUAUUCAUAAGCCUGAAUUUCAGCCCUCUCCUUGUUGAGUCGCAAACUCCUGAGAGAUUCUCUCUUGAGACUUACAAGUUGAGUAGACAGCUGAAAUUCAGGCUUAUUAAUAUUCAUUAAUCAUAGGAGACAGAGGAAAUUCUUUGUUAAGGUCUAGAGAAUGGAUUUUGCCCACAACAUUUCCACAUUGAUUGCCCAUUUGCUAUCCCUGUUUUGAAUUGAGGUUUAGAUUUAUACAUUUGCUCCGCAAUGUGUGUUUCACUGUACACUGUAGGUUUCAGAUGUAAAACGUGUUUGGAGCUUACGGCAGGCCCUCCUUCUGAUGGAUUUUGAGGACAAUUCUUCAGAAUCAAUGAAGCAGCUUCUUCAUCAGUGCAUGAUUCACCCAAUGUACCUCAAGCUUGAAGAGGUUUGUGGAAGAACAUUCAAAGCCCCUAAUACAUGUGUGCUCUGAAGGUUUUGUUUGCAGGCUACAGUCAUGUAUAAUGCCAAGUGGACUGAAUGAUAUCAGAGACCUUAAGAUCAAGGUUUGGCCAUCUUGCUGCAAAUGGCAAAUGGCGGUUUAUGGUUAGCAGUUUGCCGUCAGCGGUCUGCCCAUUUUUGGGACAUUAACAAUAAGAUUCAUGGAGAGGCAGUCUCCAUGUUUGUUUUCAUUCAUUUGUUGACUUCUAGUUUUAAUAAGCUGAGAAUUGUCUUCAAAAGUGUGUUUCAAUGAAAAUGUAAAUUAAUAAUGCAAAAGAGUUCUAAUUAAAAAGCAGCAUAUCCUCUAAAACAUGGGAUUGUGAUGUUGUAGGAUGCAAAAAUCCCUGCAGUAAAUCACUUACCGUUAGAGUGUGAUCUUGCUGUACAAACCUGAACCUCAAUCCGCAAACCUGUCAGCAAAGCACUUGUCACAUGACCUCUUGACGUUCGCAGUUGGUGGGAACUGCCAAAAUCCCUUGAUCUUAAGGUCUCUAUUGUCAUAGUUAUCCUUUCUCAGUUGCAUCCAGCUGUAACUCACUACAAAGAGUAGUUGUUAUCACCAGUAUUGUAAACUUGGCCCUGAUUAAUUGCACAACAUACACUGUAUUUAUAGUCAAUCUCUACUUAAAAUGCCAGCUGCUAGCAGUUACAACUGAAGGUAUACUGGUGUGGCUCAUUAGACAUGCUCUUAGAACUUAACUACAGUAGAUGCUGGUUUAUGUUCAUUAGUAUUUGCAUUUUUUUUUUUAAGGGAAGACGUUUUCUCAGUUACUUGUUUGGAUUGAACCCUGAAUUAUCAAAGGAGUUUCACAAGACAAUAAAGAAUCAGAUUCCAUCAUGUGCUAUGUAAGUUGAAUAGUGCUCUUUAUGGAGAGUGACUGACAAUCAAAAUACACUUCCAGGUUUAGCCAAUUUCUUCUUACCUGUAAAUUGAUACAGCUAAUUUUAAUAGAGGCAGUGGAAAUGCAUGCAUACCGUGUACAUUAAUCGCUUACUACAAUGGAAUCUCUUUUUGGGGUAACUUCUAUUCAAGGGACACCUCCAUUCAGAGGACACAAAAUUUGGUCCCCCAAAAAAUGUUCAAAACAAUAAUAUUAAUCUUUGUAUUUUGUUACCGCGGUUGAAGGGGCACCUCUACUCAGGGGAAAGAGACAGUUUUUUGGGGUCCCAAAACCCCAAUUUAACUUCCAUUCACUUCAGGGGACACCUUAGCACUCAAAAAGUGACUGACCACAAAAAUCAUCAGUGAGUUUAUAUAUAUGUAAGUGUAGUCUAGUCACAAUGGCAUCGGCUUUCAAACCUUGAACAGUCACUUUAAUAUAAAAUUGAAGUCCUGAACUUGUGGGAAUUCAAUACACAAUAUUGCAGAGAUCAGUUAACCAUAAUUUGUAUGCAUUAUCUAGCUGCUUGAAAAACCGUAAAUCCUCUAUUAAUCCCCCUCCCUCUAAUAAGCCCCUCUCCUAAAUAUUCCAUUGUCUUUUCUAAAUUAAAUAAGCCUCUCCCCUUCUCUAAUAAGCCCCCCCCCCCUUCCAUCCACCUUAAACCCCUCAACUGGGCUUAAUAACACUUUAAUUUCAAUAGGGUGCAUAAUUACAGUCCAACUUUACUCUCCCUUAUGGCCCUAUAAAUAUAUAAAGAAAGAAAGAAAGAAAUGAAUAAAUAAAUAACCUCCCCAGGGGGCUUUAUAGAGGAUUUACGGUAUUGACUGUAGCAGAUUCUGAGGCAGAAUGAAAUAAAAAUCUUUUAUUUGUUGGUUAAUUACUAACAAACCUUAGCCCAACCUCCAUUCAAGGGACAGUUGCCUUGGUCCCGAGGGUGUCCCCUGAAUGGUGGUUCCACUGUAAUUUUUCAAACAGAUUGUAUAAUAUAUAAAUGUUUUCAUUCAUAGGAAUGUGCUUAGUCUAUAUGGUGAAGUUUAUUUCCGUGCAUGGAGAGUUGCAUCUGGACCAUACUUAAAGGUUGUGUUUUUAACACCAUAUUAUUAAGCCUUUGGUGGCGGCCUGCAAGUAGCAAAAAUACCACCUUUUUCACUACAUGUAAUUCUUCUUUGGACUAUUUUUCAGCUAAUAAUUAUAAUUGGCAUGAGAAUGGCUAAAAGUGAGUUUUGCAACAAAAAAAAAAAAUGUUAUCAUGAAUGCACAAAAGCCAUAAUUUGGACUUCCUUUUUUUUGGCAAAUCUAUUUUGAUCUUUCUCUGUCGCUCAUUUUUUUUCUUUUUUUUUUUUUGUUUGCUUUUCUUCUUUGUAAGCAGUUUUGUUGCCCACUUGAUUGUCUUUCUUUUACGUGGAAUUGUUACUGGCUAACUUUUUGGGAAAGGAACAAAGUUAAUCUUCAAAGGGUAGUAGGUUAAAAGGGAAAUUGGUGCGGGUGGACUUUUCCCGAAAACGUUACCUUUUUUGUGAGUAUAACUCUGUUAGGAUUGGUCAGAAUAUCCAAACCGAGGUAUUGAUGGAAAGGUCUAUCUUUGCUCAUUGUUGAUUACCUGCUUAUUAGCUUAAACUUAAAGCUAAAUGGGCCCACGAAGGAAAAUAUGCAUCAUCCUAUAUGAAACGAAAAUGACCAAAGCAGUCGUCACAAAUGGUGAGACGUUGGAAAAAAAACCUACAGGUGCAUGUAGAUUUAAUUACAUGUAAAUGUACAUGCUUUGUUUGGUACUUACUGUGAUUGUAGAGAUGUCUUCAAAUGUCAUGUCAUGCACAGAUGUGUACAUAGUACACCUUUGUGUGACAGCGUAAGUGCAACCAUAGAUCUAGAAAUGACAGUGAAGAUCUCUGUAAAAGAGAGCUGGCUGGUCAGCUUGUACAAGCUUGAUGACUGACUGUUCCUAAAAAUUUGACUAACUUAUGUCUAUAAAGGAACAUAAUUUUUAUGCACAGUAGAGUGUGCCAAGAAAGUCAGAGUGGCAAGCUGUAGCCAGCAUGUACUAGCCCAAAAGUCAUUGAUUCAACUAAAAAUAUAUUUUUAUCAGUAUGAUCAAUAUUACAAUUCUUCUAAAAUUACAGUAUUCUUCUGGGAGUUGGCUGUGAAGACUCUUAGUUACUCUAACUCCCUUCUUUCAUAUAACUUUUAGUUUCUGUCUAAUGAGAUGUUACAGCUGUGUAUCUCUUUACUUAUUCAUUUAUUUAUUUUUAUUAACCUCUGUAUUCAUGCUGGAAAGUGAAAAAAAAAAAACUGACUUCUCCAAUUUUCAGGUGAAUUCCCAAAACUCUUCACUUGCCCACCCAGGCAAGUUUAAAACAGAAUUCAUCAGCCCGAUACCAAACUGACGCUGAGACACCAUAAAUCAUAGCUUAACUCCAGGUUCUUAUACACACACUGCUGUGUCAUCAGUUUAUGAAUUUGGGCUUAACAAAAUAGUGCACUGUUGCCACAUACAUGAUGUUCAUGAGUGUAGUAGUAGAGUAAGUGUUAUUCUGUACCAUUUCAAGGUGUUGGAAGAGAAUUGCUUUCAAGAUCUGAUGUAUUCUGCAGUCCAUGCCCAGCGCAGUGGAACUCAGUCCAUGGCUUCAAGACUCCGAAAGGUCAGCUUGUAGUUAGUCUUGCAAACUUCUGUUCAAGUGUUUUUAAUUUACUUCAUUAAUAACGAUAGGCAGAUGAUAGGCAGAGAGGAGAGGCACUGUUGACAGAUUUGUUAUACUCCUGGGUCAAAAUCUUUUGUACAUGUAUGCCUCAAAUCUAGACAUUGCAAGUAAAUUUUGUUUCAUUGAUUGCUAUUGUAAUUUUUAGGUGUUGGAGUACUUUCAUCAGCAAAAGAAGCAAAGAGGAGUUGAUGAAGCUCUCCUCCGACUGUAUCAACCAAUAAUAUGGAGAGCAUUCAAGGUUGUACAGACUACAACUCUUACAUUUGUACAUGUUAUCAAGAACUUCUGUCACAGGGUUACAAAUUCCUUUGUAUUAGUAAUAAUACAAUAAUAAUAAUUUAUUACUGUAUCCUGAAUGCUAAAAUAUAGAAACAAAAAACAAAAGCAAAAGCAAAAACAAAACAAUGUGAGACAGGUCUGUGUACUAUCUGUGUCACACCUGUAUACUGAAACUUAGUAAUUAUAUUUUACAAAAAUAUCAAUAUUGUUGUAACUUACACUUUUAAAGUUUGAACUCCUACUGAAUUCCAAGAGCCUUUGACCACUAGCUAUGGUAAAUAAUUGCAUAUUUCUUUUAUUACUAGGUUGCAAACCCAAUGGUUAGAGCCAAUGCCACAGCUCUUUUGACAGAUACAUUUCCACUCCAGAAUCCAGAUGCUGGGAACGAAGAGAUUGAUGCACUUUUACAGAAGCAAUUUGAUAUUCUUAAAGUAUAAAUGCAUUAAGUGCUUUGUAAAAUAGAUUUGAAUAAUUAUUGUCUUGCAUGCUGUCACUACGGACACUUAAAACUAAAUUAAACACAUUUGCUUAUUGUUUUUGAUCGGCUAAUGAACUAACAAAGACUGACACCUUUGUUACAAAUAUGAUCUCUGAUUGGACAAUUGAUAUCUGGCAGCUGAGACUGAAUCUGUUGCAUUUAGAGACACCAUAGCGCAUGCCAUAACCUUCAAAAUACAGUGUUUCCAAUUUUAAUCCAUCUUAAAAGAAAAAAAAGGAAUGAAGCCUACUUGAAAGGCAACCAAGAAGUCAGGCGUGAACUACAAAAUAAAACCAUGUACUUCAUCUACAUGUAAUCACCUUUUUUCUCAGAAGAUUAAUUUUUGUAAAUAGGCCCACAAGUCUUGGUUGCCAGGAACUUUCCACAUACUGUCCCUCAGUCAAUCUGCUGAGGAUACAUGUCCUUUUCAUUUUAUUAGACCUACGAUGCAUGCCUGCCUACAGGUUGCUCUCUCCUUACUUUGUCAUACGCAUUUAUAAAUUCACGAAUAAUAAACUAAGGCUUUUCUAUUUUUGGCCUUAAUCAUCGCUAUAACAAAAUUCUCACAUCUGAUUGGCCAUGAACUGCCCUGAUUUCAGCACUAACAGGACAGUGUAAUAGGACAGUAUGAGUCAUGCCUAAGUAACUGGACAGUACACGAUUCCACACUUCCUUUUUUUUCUUUUUCAAUGCUAGCAAAAAAACUGUCAAAAUUUCUUGUGUUUUGUUUAAAAAAAAAAUCUAAAAUAUCACAAAUUUUGUUAUCGUUAUGAUUACUUGGUGACAGAACUUUGUGUCGUCCAAUUCAGUCUGUAAUCGUACUCGUGAUUAAACAAAUCGGACUCCACACUCGUAUUAUUACAGACCGAAUCGGCCUCCACUCAGUCCUAUUACCAUUGUUUAUCUGUUUCUCUCUUCCUCAGGACUUGUUAGAGGACCCAUGUCCCACUGUCAGAGCCACUGCCAUUCAUGGUGUGUGUCGCAUCACAGGUGUAUUCUGGGAACUUAUUCCAGCGCAUGUCAUUAAGAUGUUCCUAACAACACUGGUAAGAGCUUGAUAUUAAACAACGAUAAACUUCAAAGGAGCUUUGUUGUGGAAUUUUUGAGGAGUUUUUUUGUUGUUCCUAUUGUUUUUGUGUUUGGUUGGUUGGAUAUGUUUCUGGUUUUGAUCAGCUGUAAGCUUUGUUCAAAUUUUCUUUGCUCUAAUUCAAUAACAAUAACAACUGUUUUAUUCAGAUCAAUGAGCUGGCUUUCGACACAUCCUCAAGUGCUGUGAGAGUGGCAGUUUUUCAGGUAAGCUUUUGGUUACUUAAGUACAAUGUUUCAUGAAUUUCUGCUGUAAAUGUUUAAAAGAGCCAGCUUCUUUUUAAAGUUUUUUGAGCAACUGCACUUGUAUCGUGUCCACUAACUACAGGUUCGUUUUACUUGUGAUAAUUAUGGGAAGAAACGUUUAAAACAAACUGAGCUGUUCGUCUGCUAGUCUGCUACACAGCCGUUUUUAGUGUCGUCACGCAAUUCUCGUCCACAAACAGUGUUUUAUGGGGAGGAGCGUUGCGUAACGACACUAAAAAUGGCUGUGUAGCAGACUAGUCGUCCGCCAAAUACAGGGUGUAUCACCUCCUCAAUAUUGCUAUAACGUACUCCUGCAUCAAAUGUAUGUGUAUUCGGACCUGAUAUUCUGUGUUUUCCUUGUCCUCACCUGAGGUAGGAUUUUCUAAGGGGAAAAAAUGAAGUCGAAAAGGGGUGCAUUUGAACUUACUCAAGGCCGCGUGACCAACAAUCAAACAAAAGUAGUCCCAAUUAGUCUAGGGAUAUAACAAGCAUAUUUUUUUAACUGACCUUUUGUUGACUUAGGGCCAUAACUUGAUGUCUAUUUUAUCUUGUUAUUUUUAAGGGUUUAAAGUUUGUGCUGGACAAUCGUCUUAGUCAUCCACUCCUGAAGCCUUUGCUGGGUAAUCUGCAAGAUCUGGUGCAUGAUACAGCUGAGAGAGUGAGAGUGGCUUUUCUUGAUGUGUUGAUUCUUGUCAAAGGACUAAAAGCAAUCAAGGUUUGUAAAGCCAAAAAAGACAUUGUUUUUCUAGUAAAAUAUUUCUUGAAGUAAUUUUUGAGGGGAGGAUCAAACAAAACGGGCGCGCACUCACAAAGAUAGCCGCCUGCCUCUUACCCAGGCGUUUCUAGGUAUUUUUUGCGGUAGUCGCAGCGCAAAGGGGUCAUGGGAACGAUGAAAAUUGGGAAGCUUCGUUUCUUACGCUCAGCCUUCCCUUGUGCCUUUGCGUUUUUGAAGCUUUCCCAUGAUUCUUGUGCCGCGAUUACCGUCGAAAAUCGCAAGAAGCGCCUGGGUACUAGGGAGAAGAGCGGAGGAAAUUGAGCCUAUUAAGAAGGUGAUCUACUAGCUAUGUAGCUAUGAGGGCAGCAAUGUACAGAGAAAAUAAGAUAACUGUGUCUUCACUUGUGAAGGAUGGUGCUAGUUUGAUUCCAUUUGCCUCGUGUAUCAUUGUAAAUUCUGUAAUGUUUUGUGUAAUUGUUAUCUCAUAUCGGAUUUCUCGUUGUCAGUUGCACCGUGUUUUUUUUUUAACCCACUUUUUCGUAACAGGAUAUCGUAUGAAAUACAUUCUUGUGUUUGCUAUAAUCAUUAUUUAACGGUUUGGUUUAUUAUUGUGUUUACAGUUCUGGAAUAUAGUACCCUUAGAACAGUUGCUUUCUCAACUGGAGGUGGAACAAUCUGCAGCGGUAAUCCGAAGAAUUGUGAAACUACUCGUGAAUUCAUUUCACCCCACAGGCAAAGGAGCCGACACACAGGUUAUUGGUAACAUUAACAUCUCUUUGCAUAAAAAAACAGUGAGGAGCUUCUACAUGAACCUGAUUUUAGGGCCUGUUUACAUGGAGGUGGGGGACCCCAGGUAGGUGAGUUUACCCGCCUGUCCAUAUAAUCUCUAGAGAUUAUAUGGACAGGCGGGCUAGCUCACCUGCCUAGGGUCCCUCCCUCCAUGUAAACAGGCCGUAAGUCAGAGUUUAUUCUAAUAUUUUGAAAGAUCAUCUCAUUUUGAAUUCUUUGUUUUAUACCGUUUGUUGAAGGUAACGCGCUGUUCAGCGCUAUGGCAGUCCAAUCCUGUGGCAGCCAGGAAGUUCUACCAAUAUGUACAUCUACACUCAACAGUAUCAGCAACAGGUUGAUUUAUAGCGAGUACUUUUAUAAUUCAUAAAAAAAAUCUUGUCUUAUUUAAGGCUUUUAGUAGUAGAGAUUUCUUUGAAGGGCUAUUAUUUUAAUGGGAAACGCCCAAAAAGUUCGUUGUUGUCGAUUUUCUUUUUGUGUCUGGAGGAGUGCAUUUUUAGCGUUAUUUACGGUAAAUAGCGACGAUUCUUAGAGGUUCAAUAGGCCAUUUCCGAGUUCCCCCGGGCCUCUGUAUCAAAACGAGGUUAAGUGCUCAGCCUUCGAUACGGAAAAAUUUUCAUUCUCAUACAAAUAAAACUCAUUUUCACAAGAAAGGUUGUGCACUUGGCCUCAUUUUGAAAGUGAGGGUUUUUGGGUCUUGGAAGUGGCCUAUUGACUGNAAAAAAAUCUUGUCUUAUUUAAGGCUUUUAGUAGUAGAGAUUUCUUUGAAGGGCUAUUAUUUUAAUGGGAAACGCCCAAAAAGUUCGUUGUUGUCGAUUUUCUUUUUGUGUCUGGAGGAGUGCAUUUUUAGCGUUAUUUACGGUAAAUAGCGACGAUUCUUAGAGGUUCAAUAGGCCAUUUCCGAGUUCCCCCGGGCCUCUGUAUCAAAACGAGGUUAAGUGCUCAGCCUUCGAUACGGAAAAAUUUUCAUUCUCAUACAAAUAAAACUCAUUUUCACAAGAAAGGUUGUGCACUUGGCCUCAUUUUGAAAGUGAGGGUUUUUGGGUCUUGGAAGUGGCCUAUUGACUGUGGAUUCCAGCGGACUAUUUGAGUCGGUUAUUGAAAAGGAGAAUAGCCCACGUUUUAGAAACCCGCGUUCUCAACGGAAUUUCCGCUUUCUCAACCCUAAUAUCUAAACGCUUUUUAUAUUGAACAGUUUCCUGAAAGCGUCGAGUUUAUCUUUAUGGAAAUCGUAUGACUUUUUUAAACCGCGGCUUGAAUUAGACUUUUUUUUGUCAACCGACCUUUAUUCUUCGUGUUUUACAAACUUACUUUUAUCCUACUUUACCUCGGAGUAGUUUACAGAAUAAAGUACUUUUUCUUGAGAAAAAUAUUCAAAGUGGCAGCUGUUAAGUUAUUAUUCCGAAGUACUUACAGUCCCCGUAAUAUUGGCAGCAUAUGGUAAAUUAUAUCUCCCUGCAACGGAAACAGACAUGAAAGUCGGUAAACCAAGUUAUCUCAUAAAAAGUAUGUGCGUGUGUUAAGAGUUAAAAGGAUGUUUUCUAUAAAUCUUUUUGGGUCAGGUGUAUUCAAAAGGUAAGGUUUCACAGCUUGUUGGUUCAUUUGUUUGUCCUUGGAAACGUGAAUAACUUGUUCAAUAGUUAUGUUUUAUGUACUCUUAUUUUUAUCAAUCAUCAUAUCUUGUUCGCUCUGUAGGAAAGUUUAUGGUCUGUCUUUGUCAUUGCCUUGUAAAGUUUGCACAAAAAGGAGGAGAUGAAAGUAACAUAUCUUUCGAAUCUGAAAGCGAAGGUUUGUUCAUUUCGUUUUCAUUUGUUUUAGUUCAGUGUUGUGUUCUUUUGUUCUGUUUGUUUGUUUUUUGCUUGUUUUGUUUGUUUUUGUUUGUUUUUGCUUGUUUUGAUUCCAAAAGUUGCAUAGCAGCGAAAAAGUUUUCUGACAGAGAAAGAGUUCGUUUCGACGUCAUUUUUCCCUUUUGUAUAGAAAAUCCUACCUCAAGCGAGGACAAGGAAAACACAGACAGUGCUGCAGCGAAUACAGAUACAUUUGAUGCUGGAGUUUUAGCGGGGAUGGCUGAAACAGUUGCUAUUUGCUGGGGAGGUAUCAAGGACAAAUUAGAGAAAGUAAGUUCUCUGUUUGUGUAAUGACUGUUGCCUCAAGGUCUGCUAAGACUAAAGCACUCAAUCUUUCGACAGGCAGGCGCUAUUUUUUCCCCGCGUUUUUUCAGGCGAGCUCGAAGCGGACGUGGAGCACAAUGUACCCGCUAUCUCGCGCUUCACGUCCGCUUCGUGGUCGCCUCUCGCCUGAAAACGCAACAUGCAUCGACUGCAUCUCACAUCUUUAUCUGCUACGGGUAUUACGUAUUGCAUUCUUAUUGAGUAUUACACAUCUUUAAUCCAAAGGGUGGAAACGAAUCGACAAAGACCAAGCUAGUUGAGAAGUUCACAAAGGCUCUUCCCAAGCUGUUUGGAGGAUUAAAGGUGACUAUAACUUGCAGAAGUGUUUCGCUUCUAGUAAUGUUUUACUGUUUACAAUGUCCUAGAAUUCUUUGAGUUCCAGCCUUACAUCGCCCAUGCAAGAUUGACGAUUUUGUUAGUCGUGCGUGUUUGCUCUGUUUAGGGAGCUUAAGCAACAACGAUGGCGACGACGUCGAAAACGUCACUUAAAGGGUGAACUCGCGCUGUUUCAAACAUUAUCGCUCUCAUUCCAUUUCGUUGAAAUUUUCUUUUUCUUUUCUUUUUUCUUUUUUCCUUUUUUUUUUUUUUCACCUUUGGGCGAAUUUUUUCUGGAGUUGAGUUCUAAAGGGUCGUAUGUAAGUUAAGAAAACGAAAACGAAAACCGUUGCCUUAAUAAUGAUAAUUUAAUCUUUAAUAUGGAAGCCAAUAUCACUGACAAAGUGGUUUACAAAGUGGUCUUCUUAUAAUAAGACUAAACUAUUUAGCUAAAAAAUAAUAAUUGUGUUAUUAAUAUAAAAAUUAGAGGAAGUUGCCUGAUGACUGUGCUUCUACAAUUUCGGACCAUACGAAACAGUACUGUCGCAAUAAACGAUCGAUGAUUACUCCUGAAGCCUGAACUCCUGUGAUUAUUAAAAGUCAAUGCUCUUCAAUUAAAUGAAUUGAGUGCUCUACGAAAUACGUUCUACCCAGAAUACAAGUAUUUAUAUAUACAUUUCAAUAUAAAAUGCACCGUAACACAAUAAAAGUACUAGUACAGUGUAAAAUGUGAAAAGUUCUACAAUGCAAGAUAGAAAUAUGAAUUAAAAUUUAGCUUUAGAUAAGCUGCGCUUAAAAGCUGCUAAGGAGGGCGUUUGCCACCUUCUAGAAGCGGAAGAUUUACGGAUAUUAUGCUUAGAUCUGUAAAGGUUUCCAACGGAGCCGUCUUCGUUGGUUAAGCUCCCUAAUAUCAGGUCGAUAAAAACUGAGGCCAAAUCUGAAAUAAAGACUAUGCGACAUUUGACACAAGGCUUGCGAGCUUACCUUAUACCUCACUCAAUUUUCAACUGGAAUUUUUUAGUUUAUUUUAAUUUACUGUUAUGUUAUACGUUUUAUUUUAUUUACUCCGUUUUUCUAUCUAACAGCACCCUCGUAUUCAAGCAGCGUGUUUAGUUAUCGCUGGUUUCUUGCCCUCGUCAUCUCUGCCUGCUUUCAGGUAAAUACAGUUACUGCAGGAAAAGAAAAACACUAUACAUGACCAACGAAGAUAAAGACGAUUAGACGUCUACGGCGCGUUAACUUAACCACGAUUUAAGAAAUAUAAACUGAAACGUUUUGAAGGCUACUUUCCAGUACAGUUGAGAUUGUCGUGCCCGUUUCUAAUUGUCAUCUUAGUUCGGCAGUUCUUAAGAAUAAAACCCCACAAACAUUGUAGAGGCUCAAUGGCCGUUUUUACACUAGAGACGGAUAAUCCAUCUUCAAAAUCCGUCAAAUUGGACGGAAAAAACAGAUGGAUAAAGCCAAGCGGAUUGUCCAUCCAAAAUUAGGACCAUUCUCUUUUGAAAUUAAAACGUAUUAUCUGUUUGACUCGAAUUAUCCAACGGAUAACCCGUUUCAAACGGACAAUCCGUCUCUAGUGUGAAUAUGGCUAAUGUUGGUGUAACUCGGGAUGAUUGUGUAAUUGUGUUUCUAGUGCCAAAUGCUUGUCAUCUCUGUCCUCUCUGCCUGUUACCACUCCAAAUACGGAAUACGGCCCCCUUCUGAACUGUUUGUGCGCCUGGGACAAAACCACCGAUGUACUCGAGCUUAUAAAUGAGUGGAUUGUAGGUGGAAUGAAUGGACCACCUAAAGAUCCGAGAACGGUAAGCCGUGAAGAAUAAACAAAAUAUUUAGCAAUUAUUGAAUUCGGCUUUCGUAGGAUGUGAAGAAUUAUGGAGAUCUAGGAGGAUGGUUAUUCACCGAUGCUGAAGGCCGAGGUGGAUAACAUCCCCGAGAUCUGCCUAAUUCUUCACAUCCUACGAAGGUUGAAUACAAUAAUUGUUUUAUUAUCCAGUCAAAAUUUUUUUAAGUUUCUAGCAUUACCGCCUCGUAGACUUCUUCAAACCUUUGGACAAUUUCUCGGUACUGUUAAAUAAAUAAAAUCCGUCGUGCGAUAUGUCUGGCGUAUUCUUGUAUUUCUUCCGUUCAGAUUUAGUUAGAAAUCAGCUAUUUCGUCUUCGGAUAGCCGUGAACGCUAUUUGUUUUAGUUCACUCGUGAAUAAACCGCUUGGCGUCGUGAUGAUGGUCUAUUGCCCUAGCAGCCUCGUUUCCAACGUUUCCAAUCAAUUAUGUCAUGGAUCAACCACGUUUCCAAUCAAAUAUACCUUCGAAUCGAUGACAUAUUGCUCGCAUCUUUCAGAUAUGGUAUGCGCCAGUUAGUUAUGACCUUAAUUAUUCCGGAUAUCAUAAAACUUCAUCCAAUAAUUAAAAAAACUGUCUUUUUGAUAAAAUGAAUAGUUUAUUUCGUACUGCGUCAUUUAUAUCCGUUACCGCCCUGGCUGACGCGGAAAAAACACCUUAGCAAAGAGGGACUUUUGUAUGUUUAUGGUGGGAUAAAAAUUCAUUUAGAUUUUGUUGUAUCCAGGGGGAAAGGACCGGAAGAAAGAAGAAAUCAGUGGCCUUUCAACUCCCCGUGGAGAAUAAGCAAAUGUUGGCUUUGGAAUUCCUUUCUUGGCUAAUGGUAAGCACAAACAUCAACAUCAAACUACUGCUAGAGAAUUUCGAGCACUUAGUUUACUUUGAUUUUUUUGUCUCUGAUUGGUUGUUCUUGUUGUUCUGGUCUUUAUUUCUUCUUAUCGCCAGGGUGAGCCUACAUGUCGUACAGCAGUCCAGGGGUAUCCUGAAAUUCUACGGCAGAUUACUGAUAAUUUGAGAAUGACAAUGGUGAGGCAAUUUACUGAAUUUAGGCAGGUGUAGGGUUGAGGAUGGUGGAUAAUGGAGGAAAGGAGUGAAUGGAGUAAUAGAGGGGUCUGAAAAUGCUAGAAAGCACAUUGCUAUAUAGUUGAACAUAUUUCCCCAACAGCGCGCGCUCCCAUUCGUUACUUCGAGGUUCCAUGGCAUCUAGCAUUAAAACAGUUUCCCGCCAAAAGUUUUCGAGAAGAAAACAUCGUGAAAUCUGUGAGGUCAAGAGGUAAACGCGAGCGUUGACUUUCUGGCUGAAAUUUACUUGUAGACGUAGAAGUUUCUCUUCUUACGCUUUUAUAAAAAUUUCAUUUUGUUUCUCUCGACUCGAGUAUCAAUGGUUCCCUCCUUUCCCCUUCAUUUACAUGUUGAUAUUUUCCUUUAGGCAACUAUCGAGUCUCGUCUUUCACCGAGUCGGCCAACACCUGAGCCUUUGACGCAAAGUGAAGUGGAGUUCUUUCACAAGUCAUUUGAAGCGUAUUGUCUUACAGAGAUCCAUUUACACCACAUGGUAAGCUUUCGCAUUGGUGGCUAGAAUUGUAAAUGAAUUGUAAUUUGUUUAUCCACGAAGCACUUAGGAGUUCUUAAGAACAUCUGUGAUCGUGUCCGUACGUUCCAGAUCGAAUUGGAAUUUGGAAGCGUUGGUUUUUGAGGAUUUUGUCUACAGUGUUAUUAAAUUGUGCAUGAGUGUAAAACGGUUUUGUGCCGAAUUGUACCAUUGGAAUUUUUCCGGAAAUGGACUAUAGGGGAAUCCUGGUUUACAUUUUUUGCCUCAUUAUCAUAGGCUUAUCAUUAUCUAUAAUGAAGCUAAUAAAAUGAAAAUUCUGAAUAUUGAAAGAGCAUAACAAUUUCAGUUAUCUCUGAAAAUUUGAGCCCGAUAUGCCAAAUAGUUUCGGAGAAAUUCCAUUUGAAAACCCAAAAAUUUACAAAGAAUGUAUGAGCUCAUUAACCGUUUGCCACCCAGUAAUUUUGCACCUUUUAAUUGCUGCUAUUUUCUUUGAUACUGGUUGCAAAGGGCUGAAACUUGCACAAACUGCAUAACUUAACCAGCUCUUUUAAUUUUUGCACCUGGUUGGUAUACAAGGCCACAUCUUCUAUGGAUUAAUUCGUAUGCUAAUGAGCAAAAAUGUAAACAAUGACGUCACAAUGAAUCCGCCUAUUUUAAAAAGAAGCGUGUGUCCAAAACAGUCCCAGAGUGCAUUUCGACUCAUUCCAGACCUAUAGUCUCAUGGGCAGUUAGGUCCUACUAACGUUCUGGCUCCUCGACAGGUCAAGUACACUUUAGAUUGGGCUCCCAUUUCUUUGAGCCGUCAAUCAAAUUAAUACUUUGCAAUGGAUUGUUCUAGGAAAAGAACGAAGAGUAUGGUGGCGCUAUGGCUGCUUUGGAAAAUGUCCUCGUCUGGGCUGACAGGGUUUUACUACCAGCAAUCAGCUCUGAAGGGUUUGUUUGUGUUUGUGUUUUUUGUUUGUUUGUUUGUUUUGUGUCUUUUGAUGUGUUAUUGCAUUGCAUGACAAAGAUCCAAUGAUCUUGGCACUUUUUUUUUUCUGUAUUGACCAUCGAAAAGUUCCAAAUCGUCUACAGAACGUUUAAUCGUCGACUUUUUUCGAAGUGCAUGCUUACAUGGGGAAUGUAUGACCACAAAAAUCAAAACCACUCACAAAGAUAACUUUUUAGUGAUCCUCAUCAGUUCGCUCCUAUCGUCCCACCACUACACGCUCUGUCGGGUAAUUCAUUAAUUUUUAUUUCAUGAUACCCAGAUCCGAGCGAGUGAAAAAAAAGAAGGUCGAAGGACGAGCUCCUAAUUUCGACUUCACUGAACUUUAUUUUUUCACGGUGACAUAUACGAGACACGCGGAAAUAUGACACUUUUCGCGUGAAACAAGCCGUUCUAUUCACAAAUCUACUCAGUAAAGAGUUUACUCAAGAAAUCAGUGGAGAUAGAGGCUAGCUCCUAGUGAUAAGGCUCCUGUCCUUUAUCAUUUACAUUGUAUUUCAAUACCAAAACGCCUCCUUUGUCGGUGGCUUAAGGUGUGGCAAUAGAUUUAAUAGGCAAUAGAUUUACCAGAUAAUGUAAGCUACAAAAUGAACGAUUGUAACACAGUAAGAUAAGAUUGUACAUCUCCACCAACAUUUUGUCUGUCGUUCUCCCAUUUGUUCUUAUUACUUAGGAAUUGUCUCAUCUCCCUUCCAUCGGAAGCUAAGAGUGCUAAACGAGUUCUUGAAGAAGGACAUUACUCCAGUUCCCUUGUGGUGCAACUUGUAAAGGUAUACUGGAUUAACUAACAACUUAAGCCCCAAGGUCCAAAUACAAAUUCUCCACACUAGUGUCCAUACAUUGCGUCAUAGAAUUAGUUGAGAGAACUUGAUAAAAGAUCAAAGCAUUUCGUUUGUGUUGGUCAUUUUAUUAAUUCUCCUAACCUUUUCUAUUGAUGAUGUUUUGAUAUAGUUAGGAGAAAAUUGAUGUUGAUCACUCUUGGGACUUAAAGGGUUGACCAAUGCCGACGCUCAUUUGUAUUUCGGAGAAGAACUUUUCAUUGUAGAGUUUUCUAUCUGGUAUAGCAUUGUAAGAUUGAGAGGAUGAGAGAACAGAUCUCUUUGAUAUUUUGCCGCAAUAAGUGUGAUGAAUAGAUUUCUCACCCAAAACUGUUAAGUUAUGAUGCUUGCCACGGUUUUGGCGUUAAAACACGCAUAACCCUUUAAUGGCAUGAUUAACUAAACGUCGCCCGCGUGACCGGCGUUCGGGGAAGGGGGAAGGGAGGAUUAGGUAAGCACGUUAAAUCCGGAAUGCCCCAACAAUCGCGCUUGCAUUAACCCUUCCCCCACCGUCCCUUUGUACACUGGCCGCGCGGACUAGGCUGUAAGAAAUCGACCUUAAAUGCAAUGUGUCGUUGCGGCGACACGUUGCAGAUAUUUACAACAUGGACAAGCGAGUAUCCUAAGAACGGCGUGGUCGCUGCUUUUUCAUCUUUUCAGCAACAUGUUUGUGCUUGUGUUGAGUCGUAUUUUUUUUUUCGUAGACAAUUUUGACUUGUUUAAGUGAGAUGGUAAUGCUUGGAUUAACACAAGAAAAGUUUUACAACCACGCAGCGUUGUUCACAACGUCUCUUGCUAAACUAGGUGAGCUGUUUCGCGUUAAGCUUUUUUCAAGCUUUCUUAUGAAAAAGCAUAUUAAAUUACAAUUAAUAUCCAACAGUAUUGAUAGGUGGGCGAGGGCCUUAAAGCAGCAGUGUCCCAUUUCGACUAUGUCCACAUCAUGGUCCGUACGUUCUUGAAAAGGUCUUGAAUUUUAGUAGUUGUGUUGAAAAGUCUUUGAAUUCGGUCAAGGUCCUUGAAAAGUACUUGAUUGAUUUUUUAGGUCUUCAAAAAUCUUUGAUAUUCACUACCUUGUCUAAAAACAUUUUUGUACACGAGCAGUAUCUUACUUCUGUUUCUUUAUUCUAAAUUCUGUUUCUGUACUUCAGAUGCAAUUGCGAGUCAUACCCAGUCAUUUUCCAAAGCGUUGUUGCGGAAAGUAGUGUAAAAUAAUGUGAUCAACCAUGGCUGAAGAAGUAAAAACCGUAAAUGACUCCAUGACGUGCUUUAGGCAGUAAGGUGUUCAAAAACGAGUUAAAGAGUGCGGACUUAUUGCAUAAAUCGCAGUCCUUGAAAACUGUAAUUUGUCCUGGAAAAAUCCUUGAAAAAUCCUUGAAAUUUGGGAUCAAUUUAGGUUUCAGGGAAACUGCCCACCUACCCCUCCCCUAAGCCAUCAUUUUGCCCUAAGUGAGAAGUAAGUGGAGAUCUGGGUACGAGAUAACCUGUGCAGUAAACGGGUUUAUCUGAUGCGCCCUGUACAACAUGCAGCGCCCGACUCAAGUUUUAUCGCUACGGCUUAAAUGCGUAGUUAUUUCUACAUCAGUGUUAGCAGCUUAGUUUACUUAAAUGCUUAAAACAGUUAUCUUUGCCCGCGUCGAAAAGCACACAGCGCAUCUCCCAAUUCAUUGUAAUGUUUGAUAUAUAAUGAAGAAACCUUCUUAUUUUCUUUGCUGUUGGUCUUUAAAUUCUCCAAAAUCCGAGAUCGUUUGUCGUGGAAUUUCAAUUACUAGACCAUGAUAUGGACGAAGAGACUUUUUUGUCUUUCACUCCUUAUCUUUUAGAGUAAUUUUCUUUAUCUGUCAAAUAGGCAGACCUAGUAUACAACUACGCUUAUCAGUACUUAAUUUCAUGUUUUUUUUUUGUUGUUUACCUGUAAUUAUUUGGCACCUAUUGUUAGAUAUUGUUUCACGGGCUAAAUAAAAUCAUUCUAAUUCAGAGACUAAACUCUGGUGUCAAUUAAUAAUUAAGGGAUUUCUUACUCAACAGGUUAUAACGCAGUAGAGUUUCUACAUCAGCUUGCUAAAGUCUUGUAUCAGAUUGCACUGAGUGUGGUCCUGAGUAACGGUAAGUUAGAUACCUCUAAAAUAUAGCUAUCUCAUGCGCCCGAAUUUCUCAUUGUGGUGAUUACUGUAUGUGUAUCCACUUAUAGGUCUUUGUUUAUAAAUUAAGAUCUAUAGGUAACUUUUAUUGUCUAUAAAAAAUUAAAGGCAUUCGUGUUUUCUAAUUCCCUCGUCCAAUCCCGGGCAGAAACGUUUCUAUUCUUAUGGGGGACAUUUACUCCAUCUGGUACUACUUCACCUAGGGUCUACCAAUUAGAACAUGACGAUCGCUUAAAAUUUUAACAAACUGUGUCAAGUAAUAUUCGAGUAUCUCUGACAUUCCUAAAGGGUGUUUACUUUUUAAUGAUUGGCUUUGCUAUGGAUGUAAUCUUGUGCAUACUUUACUAUAACACCCUUAAGCGAGGGAAUGUCACUUACACUUAAGUCUAUGUUCAUGCUUUACUGAAUAGAGAGGUUUUAGCAUCACGUUUACGUCAAACGGUAAACGCGAGUUUGUACCACGUGACCAAGUUUCCCCUUUACUUGUCGUUUACAGUUCAUUAUUUCUGCAAAUAAAUUAGUAGUUUCACGCAAUUUUUUAUCCAUAAGAAUUUUUUUGUUUGAGCUGUUUUUAUCUGCUCAUUUUCUAUUUUGAGAAACUCUCAACUUGAAUCUGACGUAUGCCGUUUGCCGUAUACGUGAAGCUUAAACUCUCCAGCAGCUUUCCGUACCACCACCAAAAGCUAUCCAGUAUAGUAUAAACACCUAUCCGAUAUGUGACUCUCCACUUUAGAGAUCGGCGCGGGGCAGCUUCGCUCCGUUACCGAAACCGCGCCGCCACAACCGUUCUCGUGUGUGAAUAGAAGCGUUAUCCGGUAUGUGGUUUUCGUGGCGCCACCAAAAGCUAUCCAGUAUAGUAUAAACACCUAUCCGAUAUGUGACUCUCCACUUUAGAGAUCGGCGCGGCGCAGUUUCGCUCCGUUACCGAAACCGCGCCGCCACAACCGUUCUCGUGUGUGAAUAGAAGCGUUAUCCGGUAUGUGGUUUUCGUGGCGCCACCAAAAGCUAUCCAGUAUAGUAUAAACACCUAUCCGAUAUGUGACUCUCCUCUUUAGGGAUCGGCGCGGGCGCAGUUUCGCUCCGUUACCCAAACCGCGCCAAAAUCACCGUUUUCAUGUGUAAAAUAGAAGCCCUAUCCAGUAUGGUUUUCGUGCCGACGCAAAAGCUUUCCGGGCUCAAUCACACAGCCUCAAUCACUCACUCUCUCGCUUUUUAUAGAAUCAGGGAAUGUUAAUCUUCGAAGUGGUCCAGUGUCCACUAUUCUACAAAAUUUGCUGGAAAUUCUCCUUGCAUGUGAGACAGAUGAAGUUGAUGUUCUGACUCAGGUCAGUAUGGGUUGCAAGACCACUUAGAUCUUACAAUUAAUAUGUCUAGAAACGCAUCAGCAAAGAACUUUCACAAGCGAGGGGUACAUGCCUUUUACUAUUGCAAUGCAGUAAGCUUAUCUCCCAGUCGAAAGUGAUUUCGCCAUUGCUGUGUUACCUUUUGAUGUCUUCCUUAGCUCCCGUUUAUAUAGAAAAAACGUGUCCCGGGUAGAAGGAGUCACUCGCUUACCCGAGCUACCCUGGGCGAGCCAACAUUUCCUUUUGACAUUUCCGAACAAACCGUUUACAUGAGAAAAAUGUUGGCAGAGCGGUUGAGGUUUCUGUGAAACGGCCCACCUACCCCUCCCCUAAGCCAACAUUGACCCUUACUUCUCACUUAAGGCAAAAUGUUGGGUUAGGGUAGGGGUAGGUGGGCUAGUUGGCUCGGCUAGAAGUGUGACCCGCCUACCUGGGUUAUUCUUUUGUUCGGUGGUACGGUCACCUUCCUAACUGGGCCAACCUUUCUCCAUAUAAGCUCGCCCAGCCGUGUCAAUUAGGUCAAAACGAGACAAUCAGAGCAUGCGCGAGCCCUUUUGUAAGCUCUUGGCUCGAGCAAAGGGAAGAAAUUGUUUUUGUUUUGUUUUUUUCUCAUAUGAAAGUUCGAUAAAGUGGACCCGGCUGGGAGGGUGGCUCUCUUUUCCGGGGCAACUUUUUUAUAGACGGAGCCGUACACGCAUCUAUUUAGCAUACGUUUUGAUUAAAAUCUAGGUAUACACACUGACUUGAGUUCACUAAAACGUUCUUUAUUUGUCGCAAGUAAUGAAGUAAAUCUGUACUCGAGUUUAUUGUUUUGUUGUUGUUGUUUAUUGGUUUGUUGGUUUGUUAUUAUUAUUUUAUUAUUAUUAUUAUUAUUAUUUUAUUAUUAUUAUUAUUAUUAUUAUUAUUAUUAUUAUUAUUAUUAUUAUUAUUAUUAUUAUUAUUAUUAUUAUUAUUCUCAUUGAAACACCAUGAAACUUUUAUACGUUUCUGGAAAUCUGCGCACCUACCCUUCCCCUAAGCCAACAUUAACACUUACUUCUCACCUAUGGCAAAAUGUUGGCUUAGGGGAGAGGUAGGUGGGAGGUUUUCCAAAAACGUAUAAUGAUCCAAACUUAUUUGGAAGGUAUGCACCCAACCUAGAAAAUGCCUGUUGCUAACUUUUUAGUCACGAAUUGUACCCAUCAAUUAAUUUUAGUCUACUUCCCCCAGCAAAAUAGGUCGUAAUUCAUUACCCUUAUGUGCCCGAAUUAGCACCAGACUCUCUAUUUGUAGGCCCUGUUAGCUGUUCGUCCUGCUUUGGCAGAAGUCCUUCUACUUACAGAGGUUAGAAGACGACGUGUUGGAACAAAUGCAGGUCUUAUGGGGCCCCUCCUGUCUGCGGUGAUAAAUAACAUCAAACAGCAGGUACAUAACUUU